UAUUAUGUGAAUUUGAACGAGGAAAAAAGGUUAAUUAUUGGUAAAAUGCCAAUACAAACAAUAUCGGCAAAUGGAGAAGCGGGAAAUCAGAGGGUUUUGCCGCAUGAUAAGUAUAAACUGUUAGAUUCGGAAGAUAGAGAUGUAUCUGGACCAAGAGAAGCGGGAAAUAGGGGAUCAAAUGCGAUUUCUGAGUCUUUAAAACAGGUUAAUACAAAGCCAUCUAAUUUAUGUUUUACGCCGCCGGUACAAAUUACAGAUAAGAAGAAAGGGAGGGAAUAUACUAGAUCGGUUCUUCUUGGAGAGGGAGGAUUUGCACGAUGUUUUUUGGUAACAAAUGGACGAGGAAGUCGAUUUGCAGCUAAAGUGAUUGCAAAGACGACACUUCGAUCGAUGAAGAAUAGAACGAAGCUUUUUGGUGAAAUUAAAAUACAUCAAAGCAUGGAUCAUCCGAGUAUUGUUAAAUUUAUUGAUUGUUUUGAGGAUACAACGAAUGUUUAUCUUAUUCUUGAAUUAUGUGAAAACAAAACACUUAUGGAUAUGUUACGUAAACGAAAGCGAUUUACAGAGCCAGAAUGCCGCUUUUUUUUGUUGCAAGUUCUUGGUGCAGUGAAAUACAUGCAUUCUAGGAAAGUAAUUCAUCGUGAUUUAAAACUUGGAAAUCUUUUUUUGGAUGAAAAUAUGAAUAUAAAAAUUGGAGAUUUUGGGCUUGCAGCACUUUUAAUUAGUGAUGAUGAGAGAAAAAAGACAAUAUGUGGAACGCCUAAUUAUAUUGCACCGGAAGUAUUAUUUGGAAAGCAGGAUGGCCACAGUUUUGAGGUUGAUUUAUGGGCAGUAGGGAUUAUUAUGUAUGCUAUGCUUAUUGGUAAACCACCUUUUCAAUCCAAAGAAGUUAAAGCUAUAUAUAAGAAUAUUCGAGAGAAUAGAUAUGUAUUUCCUGAAAACAUUCCUAUUUCUUUAGAAGCAAAAGAUCUUAUUGGAUCAUUAUUAGAUACAGAUCCAUUAAAUCGUCCUUGUAUUGACGAAAUUGCAGAACAUCCUUUCUUUCAUACUGGAUAUCUUCCUACAGAGAUUCCUGUUCAAGCAUUGUUACAAGAACCAGUAUGGCCUAAAGAUAGUUUAUCAAUAAAAAGGAGUCAGAGUUCAUGGAAUAAUAUUGCUUCAUGGUGUGGUAUUGGAAAGGGUCGUAAUAUUGGAGGGAAAGAAGGACAGACAGUUAGCAUGGUUAUGGAAGUAUUAGAAAACGAAAAUAUUCUGCCUACUUCUUUAUCAUAUGAUACACAUUCUCGUGCUGUAAUGAAAGUAGCUAAAACGGGAAAUUCUAAAUCAGAUUCAUUUAAACGUCCUAAAUGUUCAUUUAUUGAUGGAAAAGAGAAUUUAAAUCCACAAGAUUUGAUGAAGCCUGUGAUAGAUAUGACAUCAAAAAUGGCUAUUAAAGAAUCAUAUGUGUCUAAUGAAGCUAAAGAUCUAGAAUUGCCGAGUAAUGUUUGGCAGAGUCUUCGCAAUAUCGCAUUAAAUUUGGAUUGCGCAUUAAGAUUGCGCUCUAAAAGAAUGCCGCCUGAGUUUUAUGAUGCUUCUACUACAACAUCUCCAUUAUUUAUUAAUAAAUGGGUUGACUAUUCUAAUAAGUAUGGACUUGGUUAUCAGCUAUCAAAUGGAUCUAUUGGUGUUUACUUUAAUGAUUCGACAUCAUUGAUUCUUUCAAAUAAUGAAUAUCAUUUCGAUUAUAUUACACAGUCAGGUAAAAAUGGUUUUAAAAGGAGAUCAUUCACUAUUGAAAGAUUUCCUUCAAAUGAGUUAGAUAAGAAGGUCUAUUUGCUUAAAUAUUUUAAAAAAUAUAUGGUUCAGAAUCUUUUUAAAGCUGAAGCAUGGUCAUGUAAUGUAGAUGAUUUCCAGUCAAUGGGCGUUAAAACUAUGUCUUUUAUGACAAAUUAUUUUCGUACUAAACAUGCAAUUAUAUUCAGAUUAAGUAAUCAAUCCGUUCAGUUCAAUUUUGUUGAUCAUUGUAAAUUGAUUUUGUCUGAUAAUGGAAGAAUAGUUAGAUUUAUUGAUAGUAAAAGAGAGUUUCAUACUUGGCCACUGGGUAAUGCUUUGGAGCCUGGUCUUUGUGAUGAUGAUGUUUCUGAAAAAUUCAAAUUUGCCAAAGAAGUAUUAUUGAGUUGGGCAGAUAAAAUGGAACCUUAUGAUUAAUAUGUAUAGAUGCAUUUGAUAUUUUUUAUUUGAUGAAAAUCGCAUU